AUGCUUCGUCGUGCAGUGGAAGACAACUCGACCGGCUCAGAUUCGGAUUACACAAACUCGGUAUGGAUAUCUUGGUUCUUGUCGUCCAAGGGCAAUGAAUACUUCUGCGAAGUCGAGGAGGACUACAUCCUCGACCGAUUCAAUCUCACGGGUCUGAACACCGAAGUCCAGCACUAUUCGCAAGCACUGGACCUCAUCACCGACAAUCUAGACGACGACAUUCAAGACGAGAUCAGAUCGACAUUGGACGUGCAAGCGCGUUUGUUGUACGGGCUGAUUCACGCACGAUGGAUUGUUACGGCGCGUGGCCUUGCAAAGAUGCUCGAGAAGUACAAGCGCGCUGACUUCGGACGCUGUCCUCGUGUGCUCUGCCAGUCACAACCUCUUCUCCCCGUCGGCCUUACUGAUGUUCCGUACGAGAAAUCCGUCAAGCUUUACUGUGGGCGCUGUGAAGACAUCUACUCACCCAAGUCCUCACGGCACGGCUCCAUCGACGGUGCUUAUUUCGGCACAUCCUUCCCCCACCUGCUCUUCCUCGUCUACCCCAACCUCAUUCCACCAAAGAGUGGCCCCGUCGACUUCCCGGCCUUACGCGCUGGUGGGGAGGCCGAGGGCAGCAGGCGCAGUCGGCGUGCGCGGGACGAGCAGGAGCCGCCAUCUGACAUUGUCGGGGAGGGCUUCAAUACGACGAGCGUCGCGUUGAAGGCGGAGCGGUACAGACCACGCAUUUUUGGCUUCCAGGUGAAUGAAAUUGCGAAACUGCAGCGGUGGCAGGAGGCGGUGCGCGACAAGCAGGUCGCUCGGCUGGACCUACUAGACGAGCAUGGGUUGAUGUAAAUUUGUCAAGUUACGCUCGUGUCUUACGUUUUCUGUACUGUUUUCCUACCGCGAUACAAUUCAUCUAUCUUCUACCACUCA